AUGGCAUGGGUAAUUAUAGGAUGUUGUUGGGUUUUAAUGAUGAGCGUAAUUCUUGGAUGGAGCUUCUAUAAGUUGAAAACGAAGGAGAUGAGAGGAAAGAAGACAACUGCGAUUCUUCCGAGAGGGAGCUUAGGCUGGCCUUUUAUAGGGGAAACUCUUGACUUCAUUGCUUCUGCUUACACACCUCGGCCCGUUAGCUUCAUGGACAAACGCAAGAAUUUGUACGGGGCGGUUUUCAAAACGCAUCUAUUGGGGAGACGUCUAAUUGUGUCUACUGACCCUGAAGUGAACAAGGUGGUUCUACAGAAUCAAGGGAACAUUUUCAUACCCUACUAUCCAAAAUCAAUCACAGAACUACUUGGCCAAUCUUCUAUACUCCAAAUGAAUGGAACUUUACACAGGAGAGUUCACGCACUCAUAGGGGGCUUCUUCAGAUCUCCUCAGCUCAAAGCCCGUGUAACUCCCUACAUAGAAAAUUCUGUCAAACUCACCUUGUCUACUUGGAAGAAGAAACACCAGUAUCCCGUAUACGUUCAAGAAGAAACCAAAAAGAUUACGUUUGAAGUUCUUGUCUGAGUGUUGAUGGCUGUUGGUCCUGGUGAAGAUUUGGAUUUCCUGAAGCGAGAAUACGGAGAAUUUAUCAAAGGAUUGAUUUGCUUACCCAUUAACUUUCCUGGUACUCAGCUAUAUAGAUCUCUCAAGGCAAAGGAGAGGUUGUUGGACAUGACACGAAGGAUCAUAGAGGAGAGAAGAAUAGCUCUACAGGAGAGUGAUGAAAACUGUGUGGCAAAUGGUGCAGUGGAUGUGUUGUUACGUGACACUGGUGAAUCAAAUGAGACCAGUCAAUGUCUUCCAUUGGAUUUUAUUAGUGGGAACAUCAUAGAGAUGAUGAUCCCAGGGGAGGACUCUGUGCCCAUGGUCAUGACCCUAGCUGUCAAAUUUCUCAGUGACAGCCCCAUCACUCUAAGGCAAUUAGUGGAGGAGAACAUGGAUUUGAAGAGGCAGAAAGCACGUACCUGUGAUGAUUAUACUUGGAUGGACUAUAUGUCCUUGCCAUUUACUCAAAGUGUUAUUAGUGAAACUCUAAGAAUGGGAAAUAUCAUCCAUGCAGCUUGGAGGAAAGCUCUGCAAGAUGUAGAAAUCAAAGGUUAUUUCAUACCAAAAGGAUGGUGUCUCUUGGCGUCCUUCAGCUCCGUUCACAUGGAUGAAGAAAAUUACGAAGACCCCUAUCGAUUUCAUCCUUGGAGAUAGAGAGGUAUUAUUUUAGUAUUCUCAACAUUUUAGCUACUUUGCUGGAUUAUUUUUAUGUCAUCAACUAGUUAUGGUUGUAGUUCCUGCCAUUGGAUAUCUUUACUAAACCAAGCCCUUAAUGGGCCAUCCUCCUUUUAACUAUAUGAACCUUCUGCAGCAUUUUUGCUCUAUCCAUUUAUUGGUUGUUAUUACAAUUUAUGUGAUAUUUCCCCUAUUCAGGAAGCUAGCUUACUGUCACAUAUGUACGUCACUAUUUAGUUAACCCAUCAUCAUCCAUCCUACAUGAAAAGGAAAAAAAAAAGAAAAAAAACAGAGUAAGACAUAAGAUAGAACCGGAAGGAGGUAGAAAAUUAAAAAAAAUACACCACGGGGUAUAUCAUUACUAAGUGCACCAGUUCAUCUUCUAUACAUGGCAUCUUGAAAUAAAAUUUCAGCCAAUCUGAAGAAACUUAAGCUAUUGAGACACCUUGAAUCAUGAAAGCCAUGUUUUAAUUUAUUUUGUCCUAACAUCAGUAGAUAUUGAAAGGGAAGGAUUUUUUUUGUUUUUGAUUAGUAUUGAAGGGAAGAAAUAACUAGAUAUCUUUCAAAUUAGGUGAGCAAUAUGGUGAGACACUGACAAUUAAGAACAUGAUAACCAUUGCAAAUCUCAUGUUGUCGCUCUUUUUCAUCCCAUACAUUCUGCCAAUAUCUCUGUUGAAACAAGAAUUGUCCACAGCAGUACCUAAAGUUUCAGUAUACCGCAAUUUCUUUACUAUGAACAUUGGUUGUUAAAGGCAUCGAUUGUUACUAUUCUUAACAUAAACUUUCUGUUUGUACAAGAAAACAAGAGGAGUUGUUAACAACAAUACCUUCACACCAUUUGGCGGUGGACAAAGGCUGUGUCCUGGACUAGAACUCUCAAGGCUUGAAAUCUCAAUUUUCCUUCAUCAUCUUGUCACCACUUACAGAUGGGAGGCUGAGAAGGAUGAUAUUGUCAACUUUCCAACAGUUAAGAUGAAGCGGAAGCUACCUAUCACCAUCAUCCCAAUAGGCCGUUCAGAUACACUUUAAAUUUCAUAAAUGAAUUGAGAGCAGUAUGAUUUCCUGGAAAAUCGUAGAGAUGCAUAUUCUUGACCAAAUCUUGACUUCCGGCUUUUACACAAAAACGAUACUCGAUUCAAUUUCAAAAAAAGUUACAGAUUCUCUCUC